AUGAGCGAUCUCGACAAAGCCAUUGCGCAACUGCGCGCCUGCCGCCCCAUCCCCGAACCCCAAGUGCGCGAACUGUGCUACAAGGCGCGCGAACUGCUCAUCGAAGAAGGCAAUGUCGUCACCGUUGAUGCGCCUGUCACCAUUUGCGGCGACAUCCAUGGCCAAUUCCACGACCUGAUGGAACUCUUCCGCGUCGGCGGCGACGUGCCCGAGACAAAUUACUUAUUCAUGGGCGACUUUGUGGAUCGGGGCUUCUACAGUCUAGAAAGCUUUUUGCUGUUACUCUGUCUAAAAGUCAGAUACCCGGAUCGCAUCACCCUUAUUAGGGGCAAUCACGAGUCGAGGCAGAUCACCACCGUCUACGGCUUCUACGAUGAAUGUAUUAGGAAAUACGGGAGUGCGAAUGUCUGGCGGUAUUGUUGUGAGGUGUUUGACUACCUGGCGCUCGGGGCGUUGAUUUUGGGUGCGACCACCGACGUGCCACCUCCGACAGGUGGGAUGGCGUCUUCCAUGAACGAGAGCAAUAAUACGCAAUCCACCCUUCCUUCGGAAGAUAACGAAGAUCUCGAAUCCGAAGUCCUCAAUGCCAACGGGGAAAUCAUGGCCAAGACCCUCCGGCGGCAAUUCGCCGGCCUCUCAAUGAACUCCUCGCAAACAUCACAAUCCUUCCCUGACGGCGGAAGCCGAAUAUCUCCCGCCCCGGACGUUGAUUUACCAUCAUCUAUCGAAACCCCCCAGUCCUCACCCAGCCAACCACCUCCCCCCUCUCUCUUCCAACCUCCGACAUCCUCGACCGGCGCCGUCCUCUGCGUCCACGGCGGUCUGUCACCCCUAGUCGAAACCGUCGACAAAAUCCGCCUCAUCGACCGCAAACAGGAAGUCCCCCACGAAGGCGCCAUGUGCGACCUCCUCUGGUCCGACCCGGACGAGAUUGAAGGAUGGGGCCUGAGUCCGCGCGGCGCAGGUUUUCUCUUUGGCGCCGACAUCGUCCGUCAUUUCAAUCACAACAACGACCUCUCCCUAAUCGCACGGGCGCACCAGUUAGUCAUGGAGGGCUACAAGGAGAUGUUCGACAAGACCAUCGUGACCGUCUGGAGCGCCCCCAAUUAUUGUUAUCGGUGCGGCAACGUCGCUGCCAUUCUGGAAUUGGGCGAGGAUGGCUCGAACGGCGGCUGCAUCCAGCGCGCGAACGGCGACCAGGGACGCAGAGAACCCGUCGGCGGGGAUGGCAGUGGUGGCGGAGCGGGCGUGCUUUGGAACCUGGCUACUCCGGGCAGGAGAUAUAGAGUCUUUGAAGCGGCGCCGCAGGGCACGAGGGGCAUGCCAGCCAAGAAGCCCGUUGGGGAAUAUUUCUUGUAA